AUGGGAGACGGGCCAGGGUUGGGGAGGAUGGGCUACCGAAUGGCCUCGAAUUUACGCAAGAAGACGCCCAAGGAGACGCCGCUAUACAUCAACGACCUGAACUUGGAAACAUGCAAAAUGUUCGCCGAGGAACACGCAAAUUUCGGCCCAGUUCAUAUCGUCAAGUCUGCCAAAGAAGCAGCGACUCAGGCAAAGGUUCUCAUUUCCGUCGUCACGGCUUCACCUCAUGUGCGGUCCCUAUACCUUGACGAUCAGACGGGAAUCAUUCUGGCGCCCAAAGACCCGGACAGGAUUAUGCUUGAGUGCAGCACCAUAGACCUGACCACCACUCGAGACGUCGAACGCGAACUUUCUGAGGCUAGAAUCGGCACAUACGUUGAUGCUCCUAUAUCAGGUGGUAUUAAACGAGCUGGAGAGGGCACCCUUGCGUUCAUGAUUGGACAUCCUGGAAACCCGGACUCGGAUCCCGUGGCACAGAGGAUCUAUAAUAUUGUCAAAACAAUGGCUCAUGAGGACCGCAUCACCUUCUGCGGAACGUUCUCCACCGGCUUGGCGGCCAAAAUCGCCAAUAACUAUGCCGCCUGUAAUAACAUGGUUAUUCUGGCAGAGGCUUUCGCCAUGGGAAUGGCAAAUGGUGUGGACAGGAAAGUGUUGUUCGAGUGCAUGCGGAACUCGAGUGGGGCGUCAUGGGCACUCGAGUACGCUCAGCCUGUUCCUGGCAUCGUUCCGGGUCCUGCGAGCAACAAGUACGAAGUCUCGUUUCUCAUUCCCAUGAUCAUAAAAGACAUGGCUCUGGGUGUCGACUUGGCGAAAUUAGGCGACACACCGGCUCAAAUGGGGGAGACUUCGCUGAAAAUAUUUGAAGCAGCAGACAAGGACCCGCGUUGCAAAAAUUUGGAUUGCACUUCAGUAUGGCUGCACUUGAGUGACUGCAGAUUCGAUCCAGAGUUCCAGAAAUAG